UCACGACGCGUCCACUUUGUUUAAACAAAAUAAACAAUAUAAAGAUGUGAUAACUUGGCCAAUUAAUGUGCCCAAAAGUGUUUUCAAGCUAAAAGAUAGUUCAGCUACUUGUGUUCGGAUCAGUGUGCACAUUUUUGUGCAUUCAAAAUUGAAAAGUAAAGGAAUAAACGCGAAAGAAAAUAUUUAAACCACAAAGUUCACGCCUCACAGCGAAACAAUUUACAAUUAUUUGUGGGCUAAUGUUUAUCUGAUAGUCAAGUAAUUCCGCAGAACAGUACAAUGUUUUGGGAUCAAAUUGAUCUGCGGUUCAUGGAAGCUUUAAGAAUGAAUAUAUACAGACAGAACAGACGAACAAAGGCGGCUUUUCAGACUUAGCUGGGAAUCAGAUCAAAUCGAGUUUUUUUUCAUCAAGAAUUCUAAAACGUAUCAAAUACUAAAAAUAAAAAUGUCACUUAUGAACUGCGAUGAAAUCGAGCAAAAUGCAAAGACAGAUUGCGAGGAGCUCGAGUCCACGGACAGAGCCCAAAAGACAAAGGCCCUGAAGCGGAUGCUCAGCUGGGUGGAGAACUGCAACGAUGACAACAGCACAGAGCUAUUGGCCAAGUACUUUGACCGAUUGUAUCUGCAUCUGCUCAAGUGCUACCACGAUCGGUUCGAGAGCGUGCGCGAUGGUGCUGUGCGCCUGGUGGACGCCUACCUGGAGCGCCUGCCACCAAUGGACUUCAACCUGCUCAAUGUGCUGUCCACGCUGACCGAGCGCAUGGGCCAGUCCGAGACGCUGGAGCCCAGCGAGGAGAUACGCUAUCUGUACAUUGGACAGCUGCACCUGAUGGUGCGCAAGUAUGCGAAGAUGGGCAACGUGGGAGUCUUCCGCGAGUGCUACAAUCUGGUUGUCAAAGUGCUGAUCAAGGCCAUCCGGGAUGAGUAUCCAGUGGUGCAGCGCGAGGCUUGCACCACGCUGGUGGCCCUGUGCAGUGUGGCCGAGACAGCGGAGCUGCGUCCCUACACAGAACAGCUGGCCGUUGCCCUGUACGGAAUGCUCAAUCACAAGCACGCUCCGGCCCGCAUCUCGGCCGUCGCGGCACUGGGACGGCUCAGCUUGCACAUGGAUGCCAGCGCAGAGAGCAUGCGCCGCCUGUUUGGCGAGGUGUCGCCCCUGCUGAUGGAUCCCAUGCCCCUGGUGCGUCGCGAGGUGGGAACUAUGGGUGUCCUAAUGCUGAUGGACCUGCUCGAUCGCUACUCCUUCUUCGAGCGCAUCCUGCCGCUGGUGCUGUGUUGCCUGAAGGACGACUCGCCGGAAGUGCGCAGCUACAUCGAGCCCCUGUGGGUCAAGUGCGGCAAGCAGUACUACGAGGAGAACGAGGCGGAGCUUUCGCAGCAGGAGAUCAGCGACCUGCCCGUGGACAACUACCCAAAGGAUGUGAAGCGCCCAACGAUCGGCUGCCGCGGCCUGGUGCAGCGCUCCCUGCGUCUGCUCAUCCUGAUCACUCGGGAGACGACCGACUGGAAGGACAAUGUCCGCCUGCACGCGCUGAAGCUGCUGUACCAGUUCGUCGUCCAUGCGGAGGCGGCAAUGACGGCCAAGUUCUAUGAGAUAUAUCCGGAUGUGUCGCAUGCCUGUUGCGAUUCCGUGGCUGAGGUCAGUGCCGAGGCCGCCAAGGUGGCCGAUCUGAUGGGUCGCCUGCUCUGCUACGAGGCCUGGAUCGAGCACGGCUUUGAUGGCCUGCAGCGCAACGCGCGCGAAUCGUACCUGAGAUGCUUCUACUACAUGUUCACAGCCUCCAGCAGUGCCUGCUAUGAGCAUCUCGUCCGCUUGAGCACGCUGCUGCGAGACACCGAGUACUCGCACACCCUGAAGCCGGGCUUCCAGCUGCACAUACUCAAGCUGCUGGACACCAUUCUGAACAAGUCGCUCGAGGUUACGGCCACACAUGAGGAGCUUCAGGAGCUGUACCUGAACGUGUAUAUCGUUGGCAUAAAGGUCAUGGCGCUGGGCUACUCCCUGACCAGCGACAAUUCCGGCCUUAAUGUGGGCCAAAUGGUCAUCGAGCGUAUCGCUCAGUUGCAGAAUGUGACGUUGGGCCAGCUGCACGAGCACUUCUUCCCGAUGGCACUGGGAGACGUACAGAACCUGGACGCCGCCCUGGAGGAUAAUGCCGAGCCGGUCCUGCUGCUGGACGGGCUCAUCAACAUCUGUCACCUUCGGCGCUCCUACCUGCAGAGCCUCAUCGAGCGGGUGAAGAUCGUCUUCGAGCACUGCUCCGCCAGUGCACAAAUUCGCAUCUUUAGCAGCCUCUCCAUGGCCGCGCUGCACUGGUCGAGUACAGUGAUUUCCGCUGACGGUAAGCCGGACAUGCCGAGCAUGAUGAAACCCUUCGUCACGGAGAUUGUGGAGCCGUAUCUGACCUGGAAGGCGGGCGCUAGUUCGGAGUCCAUGCGCUCCCUGGCCAUGGCCACGCUGUGCGCCCUCGCCCAGAGUGCCCCCGAGGAUGUCCUCCAGGUGUUGCCCUCGCUGGUCAAGCACAUGCCCAGCCUCCUCGAAGAUCGCAACUCAAACACCCGUAACUAUGCCAUCAAGACAGUGCCCUACUUCCGCGGCUUGACCGUGGAGGAGCUUAAGCCGCUGGCAUAUGCCGCCAUGCAACGCAUGGACGAUCCCUCGGCGGGCAUACGCUCAAUGGCCGCUCUGGCGGUGGGCAAGCUGUCGCCCACUUUCAAGGGAGAAUCCGAGGAGGAGAUCCAGCACCAGCACGAAGUCUGGGACACAUUCAUCAAGCGUGCCAUGGACCUGAUGAUACUCUACCACGAGAGCCCCGAAAAGGAUAUCAAGAAGGCUGUGGAACUGAGCCUUGAGAGCCUGGCCAUUAACCACCCCGAUGCCUGGACGGAACGGUGCCAGCGUGCCAUGGACCUGUCCCAGCAGAAGGAUGAGCUGGUCAAACUCUACGAGAAGCUGAGCAUCAAUAAGGUUGCUCUGCAGCACAAAUCCAUUCCAGCAUAGAUUGAAUUCCAUAUUUAAUUGGUUUUGUUUCCUUUUUUCGUUGUGUUAAUUAUUUAUUACUUACUUUUGCCAUGUAAUCAUUUUUGCCAAUCUGUUCGAUUCUCUGAGUACCGGAAAAAGUGUAAACAAAAUUCCAAAAAAAAAUCCCAUAAAGUAAAUUUCAGCACAACAACAACAA